UACUGGGUCCGUCCAGGCUAAUGCUUACUGCGUUUGUGCAACCAAUCAAAAGUGCGAUCAAUAACAGUAGCAGAAGCGUUCCAUACGUUUGCUCUCAAGGUUCUAGUUGCAGUUUGGGAUUUUGUGUUGAAUUAAAGCUAAUAAAAAGGUUUUAAUCAUGACGGUUUUCGCAAAACCUAUAGACAUAUGCGAAAAGCCAAUUAUUGUUAACUCUCCCUAUAUCCGGGGAAGUAGCAGGAGCGAGUCUCGCGUGGAUAUACCGGGCGAGGACUAUCAGAUGCCGUCACUGACUCAGUCGGUGAAGGGUGUGAUGUACCUCGUGCUGUCGGUGAUCAUCCUCCUGACCCUGGGGGUGACCUCCAUCAUCGUUAUGCUGAGGCAGUACAAGUCUGGGUACAACAACUACCAGGCCUUUUGCCAUAUCCCCGUGCCGAGGGAUUUCACUGAGAGGAUGUCCGAGGGCAAGUUCCGCGCUCUGCCCAUCAUCUGGUCUUCGAAGCCGGUACUGCAAGUGGUCAGCACCAUGGACGAGCCAGACAGCGAUGAGUUCAUGGACAUGCUGGAUGAGGAAUUGGAUAUUGGAGACUCGGUGGAGAAGAUUGCCGUUGUGGACCAUGGGCGUCGCUUCCAGUUUGUGCAUGACUUCGCUGAUAAUAUAACUGGCAUCGUAGAUGAAGACCGUUGCUUCAUACUGGACUUGGAGCCGGACUUUGUUCUGCCACCGGACAUUUUGAUCACCGGUUUGACAGCUGGUGAACAGUUUGACGUCUCCAAAGUUCGUACUCAUCUCCGUGCCGCAUUACCGGCUAUAGUGGACCUCGCUAACACCACGCAGAGAUUGGCUGAGACCUGCUACUCCAGACCCACUUACCGCGUGUAUAGGAGUGAUGAUGAUGACGAUGCUAUCGAAAAACGUUCCACCGAUCCGCAACCGCAUGACUACAUACAAUUCUCAGGCAAGCACGUCCAGGAGAUCAAGAUAGACAACAUAGGCGAGAUUAUGCAGUACGAGCAGAGCAUUAAGAAGAUCUAAACUGUAAGGCCUGUGGAUCUUGGGUAUUGGAGAGUCGGUUUCUGCUUUUAGUAUCUGUUCGAGAGAACGUUGCCAGAAUGUUCUAGGUUUUUCCGGAAGUUUUGGGGAAGUGUCUGAAUUUUUAGACAGAUUUUUGUUUCGUGUAGCUUUCCUUCUGUUCAGGCUACUUAUGAAUUGGGAAUUUUGGACGGAUUCUAAUGGGCUACCAAAAUUGGUAGUACCUAUAAGUUCUUGAUUUCAAUGCUGUUUGAAGUUCAUUUGUUUGAUGAGGGUCUGGAAGGGAAGGUGCGGGGAAAGGAAGUCCCAUGUCCACAUGUUUUAGUACAGUUAAAUUUUAAAUGUUAGAUUAGUUAUCAAUAUUUCAGUGUUAACGUGGACCCAUUGAUUCCCAGAUCUUGUUCAGAAGGAGCGUUAUAAAUACGAGUAAUAAGGCCUAUGUAUGCUAUGCUACAUUUUAAGGGAUGUAGUGGAACAUAAAAUCAAAACAACUUAAAGAAGAUCUAUUAAGGAAUUAUAUAAUACGUAAUUUGCUCCUUCUAGACGAGGUCAUAUAAUUAUUUUGAUACACAUUAUGUACGCUACAGAAGGGACUUGUGC